GUAGCCAACAUGUGGCGCUGGGAUCUGUGUAAAAUGUAAGAGAGAUCCCUACUGCCGUUCUUCUGCAAUUGCUAGGACUCCUCGUGAAUUUUAUCGAUAAAGAAGAACUUCACUGGUGGAUCACCGUCUUAAAUAGUAGUCUGUCAAAUGCAUAAAAAUGUCUGUGGACAAUGCAAUAUUAGUUACGUUUAUAACUACGAUAUUGGCAAUUAAUGUUGCUGACUCGUUCGCAGAAUGUGUAUCUCAAACACCAUGUAGUUGUGUCAUGUCGAAUGGACAGGGUUACGAUUUAUCUAAAAUUGGUGGUACUAAAGACGACUUCAUUGAAUCAACGACCGUUUACAAUCGGACAUUCUACCUUCAUCCUUGUGGCAAAAAAGAUCUGCCGCCUGGCAAAAUAAAACCCUCUUGUAUUGAUGCCUCGCUAUGUAUGUACAAUGAGACACUCAGCACAGUUAUUCGUUUCGAAGAGACCAAAAUUACACUGUCAUCAACUGAUCAACCCCACCUAAUUUAUGAGACUAGUAUUGGUAAAUCUCGUGUCACUGUAAAUGUCACUUUAGUGUGUGAUCCAUUCCUGAAUGUCCCACCAAUACUUGUUGAGUUCAACAAUACAGCGAGUGCUUCAAAUCAUAGCCUAAUAUUAGUGUCUCCACACGCUUGCAGAAAAUUAAUGCAUUCUAGCGGCUUGUCGACGGGGUCAGUAUUGGUUAUCAUGCUGCUUGUAUUUAGUGGAGUAUAUUUUCUUGGAGGAGCUGUGGCGUUGAAACUGGUGAGAGGAGCAACUGGUUGGGAAAUGUUGCCAAAUCAUAAAUUCUGGUUUGACCUUCCAGCACUAGUCAGAGAUGGUAUUGCCUUCACUUUCAAUGGCUGUAGAACUGUCAGCUACAAUCAAAUAUAAGGGUUCGAUUGUUCUCUUUCGUUUCUAAUAAAUAGCCUCACUAAGGUUUUUUUUAUCAUCAUUUAGUUAUCACAAGUGUCAGACUCGAGCUGCUGAGUAGUUCAUUUCUAGAUGAUAACAUAACUCACCGAAUUACUCCUGAAUCAGCUUUAGACACUUGCUGCUAAUGUGGCAUAUACAUCAACAAUAUCAUAUGCACAAAGAUUUUGUCUGAACGGGCCAUUUUAUUCGGUGCCUAUCCUAUAUCAAAGCCGUUCUUAUCUGACAUUUGUCCAAAUGAAUGUGAAAACGCUUUUACUUUCAUCUUACUUUUAUAAAUUGUUGAUUUUUUGUUUGUUCUUUUGGUUUCAAUUCGUAAUAACAGACUGGCGGCAUAAUUAACACAAAUCUUCAAAUUCGAUACCAUCUAUAAAAGUUUUCACAAGUACACAACACCAAGGGGUUUUAUAACAGUAUUAGAAGAAUCACAGCUUUAUACCUAUAUUUUUCUAUAAAAUAUUUUUCUGAAUAGAACAGUUUUCGUUACAUUUAUUAUGCUGUUAAGUCUCACCCGCUUUUGAUUUUACUCUCAAAUUUUGCGUUAUAAGCUUUGGUUGUCUGAAUAGAGCUGUUGCCAAAUUUCUUGGUGUCUAGAUGCGGAAAAGCCUUUGUUGGUUUUUUCAUAGUGUCGGAAGGAACUCGUGAUAUUAUGAAAGAACAUACAUAUUACCGCAUAUUCAUACACAGCAUAAAAUGAAAAUGACAAAUGAUGAGACAAGUAAGGAUCGAAAAAUGUAGGCAUUGUUCUACCGUUUUGGUGUUCUAUUUUUUUACGUACGAUCUAGACACCUUAGUUUUAAGGAAUUUCAUACAACUGAAACAUAUUUGUAUAUUGCAAUAAAUAUUCUAUUAUCAGUA